AAUCAUGCAUUGAAACCAUCAUCCAAAGAUCCGAUGAUAGAGCUAGGACACCAAAUUCUUUUCUUUACAAGUAACUAUCUUUAUCUUCUGGGAUAUGCAUCUCACAACCAUUUGUUUCUAUGACCUCUUAUGUUUAGAAAAUAGAGAAAAGUGUAGUUGCUUGUUUGGAUAAACUCAUUAUGACAGUAUGUGCGAAACAAAAGCUGGCAGAAUUUAUCUCUGAAUCGGGUAAUAUGUGUUGUGCAGGUUGUGCAACUCCAGAUCCAAAAUGGGUAUCUGUAAGGUUUGGAGCAUUUAUAUGCAUCAAGUGUUCACGGGAACAUAGAAGCCUUGGGGUUCAUAUAUCAAAAGUGUUAUCAGUGAAUCUAGACGAGUUGACACAUGAAGCACUCAAACAGUGUCCUUAUGCCAAGAAGCACUCAAACAGUGUCCUUAUGCCAAGUAUCAGCCAUGCAUUUCGCAAUAGCUGGAAAAAGAAAGAAAAUGAACACAAACCACCUCCUAAGACUAGCAACUCAAUGAUAAUUCAUGAUUUAGAUCAUCUAGCCACAGAGGUUUGUAGUAACUACAUCGAUAGUCUUCUCAGAAACCAAUUUUGGGAAAGGAUCUUGCUUCUCUUUAUCCCCUCUGGCAGAAGAUACAAAACCCAAAACCUAUAAAAAAAAAUGAAGAAGAAAGUGAAACAUAAUCCUAUUGGAAUUUGGUUUAGUUUUUAUGUUGACACAUAUAUUGAAGCUGCAUACAGUCAGGUUAGUUAUAAUAAAUUUCAUUUCAAUGAAUGGAUCUUCAUUAGUGUCUUUUCACCAAUCUUGUCCCAAUGGUAACCAUUAAAGCACCUCUACAUUAACAGUUGAUCUUUUGUGAACCAAGAGUUGUUGUGGAAAGAGAAGUGCUUUUGGAAGACUUAUCACUUUGAACUAGAAACUCAUCCCUUGCACCACUUUCUGAAUGCAACAUUCCAUACUAUAACUAGAACCCCACUAAGCGUACAUCAAUACAAGUUGCUUACACCAUCAGACCUCAUUGGUCAAUUGGUUAAUGCCCACCAACAUCUCCUAGCACUAAGGAUAUCAGAUUAUCUUGGAAUACACCAAGUUCUGUGAUAUUUCCAAUACCAAUGAUAAGG